AUGAAAGAGCUGAGGAGUUUGUCUUGCGAUCCUCCCGAAGGCAUCAAGAUUUUAAGUAACGAUGAAGAUAUAACAGACAUACAAGCAACAAUAGAAGGCCCAGGUAUGUUUCUUUAGUGUUUGAGGAGAGAAUAUCUCGCAAUUCAAUAAGAAGCUUCAAGCGGUUCUGGUAGAUACAGAUUAUAUGCUGUUAAAUUUGAAUUCUCGUUCCCUUUAACUUUUGCCUGGCUUGAAAAUUUAACCGUGGAACGCAUUUUUUUCUAACAUUAACAGCUGGCACCCCUUACGAAGGAGGACUCUUUCGUGUGAAAUUAGUUCUUGGGAAGGAUUUUCCUGCCAGCCCUCCAAAAGGUAACAAGCUAGCUAAUCGAAUGUGAAAAUGUUAGUAUUGUCACUUUUCAAAUCAAUGGCCAUUCCACUUUUGUACUCUGUCUUUCGUUCUUCCUCUGUAUUUCUUUUUAACAUAAACUGCAUUGGCUUGAAGGUAUUGACUUUCCUUUCACCCAUCGAUUGUUAAAAUGUUAUAUUUACUGGUUUAAUGGAUGAUCAAAAUUUCUAACCUUGAAGGUGAUUUGACAGAUCUUGGAGCCUCUGUUUAUAUAGCAGCCCUAAUCUAUAAUAAUUAACAAAAAUGAUUUUGAGACAUUCGGUUCUCCCUUUUUUCCAAAGUGAUGACAAAAGUCUUGUCUUUUUAGUGGAACAUAUCUUCACCUCUACUGAGUAAUUAUAAGGAAAGUUAUGCUGCAAAAAAUACAGCUGAGUAUUUUUUGUUAGUUCUCAUUUAUUUCAGCAAGGUUUAAGUGCUCAGAUUCACCAUGAGGUUGCUUUUUUAGUUUCCAUGUUGUGUAUUUGUACAGUUCUAAGAGUGCUCAAAAGUUGCUAAAUUUGUGCAUGUGACUUUUGUUUGCUAUUGUGUUUUUCUCUUCAGGAAUAAAUAACCUUUGUAAAAUCAUCCACUUCCCAAGCGAGUAUUCAGUGCUUUGCCAGUUUCACUGUCAUGGUGUGACUUUUCCAAUCACCUUGACUUUUUUAAAAAAGAACACUAUGAAGUUUUAAGUGAACAGAUCACUAACAUAGAAAUUUCCAGACACUACAGCAGUGGUGACCCAAGAGGAGACUGUCCUUGCUCGGGAUUUGUCAAACUUGAUUCUAAAUUUUUGGAGUUUAUAGUUCUUGUUACUAUUUGUUUAUGAACUUUUUGUUUCUGAGGCAUGGCCAAAACUGUUUGAAUGUCAAUAUGAAAGUGAACAUUCUUGCUUUAGUGGGUUAUUUUUGAAAACCAAGCGCAAACCAUUUACUUCAAGAAAUGAUCAACCUGUAACUUCUUCCUCUAACAUUUGUACAUUAUUCAACAAACCAAUAUUGAGAAUACUCAAACUUAUCAGGUAGAAGUUGUUAUCAUGAUCUAACACCAAAUUCUUGUGACUAAUUUACAAGGAAAUGUGUAGCAUCUGGAGGGAAAUUAAUAAUCAAAUCUUGGAAGUUAAACAAUUUAGAAUUUAGAAAACAUGAUUUUAGUAAAACAGAAAUCACAUUUAAAAAUUUAGUACUUUGUAGCACUCUCUGAAUGACCCAAGGAUUGAUAGAUUUUUUGAUACACACCCUUUAUCUAUAUAUACAUUGCAGUUAGAUGAUUCAAUUAGGUUUAGACAAUAGGGUAGUUGUAAAACUGUAAUAUUAUACAAAAAUACUUGUAAAAUAAUGAUAGAAAUGAAACUGAAGUAUUUGGAGAGCACCAGAGGUCAUCCUCUGACUUUGAAGUGUUCUGCUCUAGCUUUCUUCAUUUAUUAUACCAGGGUUUAUUCUAUUUUACCCAGAAAUCUUUAUAAGGGCAAUGGCUGUCAUCUAAGGAUCCCCAUAAAUCUGUGCAGGAAGAGAAGUGACCCUCUUGUGUAUUCCUCUAAAUCCUGACCAAUCCCCAACAUUCCCUCAGAUGGGUGAUGAAAAUGCAUGAAUCCCCCCCUAACUCCACUGGACAUGAAUAGCUACCACUAAUGUAUUAAAUCCCUACCAAAGCCCCCUUAAUCAGUACUACUACAAUUUCCUCAAAUGUGAUCAGUGCACUAACUUCUUUAUUUUUCACUAAUUAUUUUGUGGAGAUGUAAUCAAACUGUUGGCUGUAAUUGGACAGUUCAAGCAGCCAAUUGUAUUAAGUUCACUCAGCUAAAUCCACCAAUCACAGAAUCAAUCACAAUAACCAUUGCAACAACCUCUUAUCCUAAGAAUAAGGAUAGAAUGGAGAAUUUCCAAAUAAAAGAAUUUUUAACUUUAAAUAUUGUCUCCACCAGAGAUAUUUGUUCUAGAUGUUUUGUUUUUUUUUAAUAAAUGGUAUUGGUUAUGAUUAAUUGGUAACAGGACUUGAUGUCAUCUAAUUCUGUCUAUAAUCAUACUCAUGAUUAACCCUUUAACUCCCAGAGGUGAUUGACAUGUGAAUUCUUACCUAAAAUAUCCGUGUAUAAUCCAGCAAACAUGCAACAAUGAGAAUAAUCAAACUUAUCAGGUCUGAGGUGUUAUUUCAAUCUAACACCAAAUUCUCAUGACUAAUUUACAAGGAAAUGUAUGGAAGUUAUUAGGGAGAAUUAACUAUCAGAUCUAGAUCUUGGGGGUUAAAGGCCUAACAAAAUUGGACUCCUGCUUCAGGGUUGUUCGAUUUUGUCAAUCACUCACAUAAUUAAAGAUGGAAUUAGACUUCACUCAGUCCUAUAACCAUUAUAUAUCAGGAGUAAGGCAUAAGUUUCUAACUUUUACCCCUUUAGUGAUAUUUAAUUGUACACUUUUCCAUUUGCUUCUUCAGGAUUUUUUUCAACCAAAAUAUUUCACCCAAAUGUUGCCAGUAAUGGAGAAAUCUGUGUAAACACAUUAAAGAAAGAUUGGAAACCAGAUCUUGGUGUAAAGCAUAUAUUAUUGGUAAGUUUAUUAAAUUGUAUGCACUUGCAAAGCAAGCUUUAUGAUCAUUUUGAACAGUGUUUGGUUAGCUCAUGUUGUAGAGUGCUGGACUGGCAUGUGGGAGGGUUAGGGUUCAAGCCCCAGACUGGACCAACACUCUUAAAAUAACUGAGGAGAGUGUUUUGCUUUUGCUUUGACAUCAGUGAAUGGUUAGACAUUCUAUCUUCUUGGAUAUGGAUGAUAAGUGGUAGUUGCUGUCUCCUGCCUCUUCUCUGAAAUGGUUAGAAGGGGACAUUAAAGAACCCAUGCACUUCUUGCAAAGAGUAGGGAACAAAGCUCCCAGUGUUGUGGUCUGGCCUUUUCAUUGUCUAAACAAGCCCCUAUUUAAUCUAGCUCUGCGCUGAACUGGGCCAGCCUGCCUAAAAUACCACAAAUACAUACAAAUACAUUUUUGGCCUAAGAUCUCACACAGGAUCUAAAGAAAGUAAAACAAGUUGGAGUAAAAGCGAGAAGGCUCUUGUGGAGCAGGUCUGCACUUGAGUCAUGUGGUCCAUUGAGCUGGAACUUGUUCCUGUAUCUGUGACAUGAAGGGACUAGGAGUAUUACCACUCCCCCUAAAUGGGAUACCAUUCCAUUGCAAGGUUAACCCCAGCAUUUCAUCAAGCUUCCCUGACAGUCGGCAGAUACCCAUUUAAACUCUAGGGUGGAGAGAAGCACUACAGAAGUAAUUUAAAGUGUGUUACCCAAGAACAUAACACAUCGACCCACUAGGUCUCGACCUGUGGUCUAGUGUACUGGCUGUAAGGCCAUCCUAGGGAGAGGAGAGUGGCUUCCUGGAAAUGAAUGGAAGGCUGCAAUAAAUGCAUUUCAAUGCAAUAUGUACUUGUAUCUGAAAGCCUGUUUUCAUUCCAUCCCAAGUAUUGUUGGUUUUGAGCCAAAAUAAAAUGCACACUUUAUAUGUUCAUCACCAGAUCUGGGUGACAAAUCAGAAAAGACAAUUGUAAAGACUCGCAUUUUGGCCUCCAUAAGUUUUUUGUAAACCCUCCAUCUACAAGCCCUAUAAGCCCAGGGGUGGAGGAAAGGGGGAUAGGAGGGGGUUUAUCAUUGUUUAGGGAAGCAUUUUCAUUCAAUGUUUUCCAUUGGAGAAUGAUUCAUGUUUUAAAAUUUGACUCUUCUUGAUUGCCUUUUUAGACUAUAAAAUGUCUUCUUAUUGUCCCAAAUCCUGAAUCUGCAUUAAACGAAGAAGCUGGCAAGCUGCUCCUAGAGAGAUAUGACGACUAUUCAAAACGAGCUCAGUGGUGGACAGAUAUCCAUGCCAAGACCAGUCACUGCACUAAAAUGGAGAGUAUGGAAAAAGGGGAAAGUGUUGAAGCUACUCAAGGGAUUAAAAGAGCUAGUGAUAAAGCACUAGACAAGAAGAAAAAAGACAAGAAGAGAGCUUUAAAAAGACUCUAAUAGAUGCUUAAUGUCUCAAUUAUUGAAGUAAUCAUGAUAAUAAUUCUAUCAUAUGUUGAGUGUACAGUGUAUAUAUAUAAUGUGGAGCUGCUCACACAUUUAUACAGAAAGAGAUCACCCCUGCUUAAGAGAGGGUAGUGAUUUUUGAAGUGAAUAAAUAUUAAAACAUUUAAUUUUAGUUUUGAUUUGAUUGAUUACUGCUGAAGUAAGUCCAACAAAGGGGUAAAUAUAUUUUCUUCUUGCAGAAUGCACUUCUAAAAUGCGAUAUCUCAGGUCAAGCACAAACUAUUUGACUACUCUAUUCCAUCUUUGAUGUAAACCUUAACUCAAGAAAUGUUUCACCUUUACAUAUAAUUCUGUGAUCUUAUUUUACAGAAUUUUACUUUUCCUUUUUUCAGGAUCUGUGUGUUGAUUUAUUGCGGAGUUUCUUAUGAAUUAGCUUUUGAAUUUAGUGGUGCAUCAAGGAAAACGAAUGUAGAUUUCUUAAAAUAAAAUUUUUACCUAAUCAGGCA